GUUUCUUAUCCAAACCUCUGGAGCUGGGAAAUAAAAACCUUCGUGUCUCUGCACCGUCUCUCCUCUUCUUCACCUUCUUUACACUGAGGCCACCCGAUACUACACGUUGUGAGACCCACGUCCUGCGGAGAGAGGAGGAAGAUUUCUGAGGGAAAAUGAAUCCGCUCAUGCUUUGAGGGAUGAAAGAUCAUUUUUCUCUUUAACCCUUUCUGCUCCCAGAUCUGCGAACAAUCGAGCAGACGAUGAUGCGCCAGGUGACCAGCAGUGACUUCUGCAUGAGCAGCCGGCCCUCGUGCCUCGCAGAGGAUGGCCACCACCCUGCCUCCCAUUUCGACCUGUGCGCCUCCCAGUCCAACAAGUUCUACCCUCCUCCCUCGUCGUCGUCCCUUCAGAUGACCCUGACGCCCAUGGUCUUACCCGCCCUGAGCCACAAGCCCAUGGUGUGCCAGCGACAGGAAGUGCUCGAGGGUAACAUACCGGGCAUUAAAAGCUCUGAUCAAGCGCCAGACGAUGCCAAGAAGAAGAGCAAGGCUGCGGGGAAGACGGGCAGGCGCGGGAGGCCUUUGGGAACCACCAAGCUGGCCGGAUACAGAACCAGCACGGGUCGACCACUUGGCACCACCAGAGCUGCUGGUUUCAAGACGAGCCCAGGGAGGCCACUGGGUACGACCAGAGCGGCGGGGUACAAGGUCAGCCCCGGUCGGCCCCCCGGCAGCAUCAAGGGCUACUCUCGCCUCAACAAACUGGCUUACGGUAGCACCUGCAGCGGAGCGGCUUUCCCCUAUCCGCUGGCACACAAAGAACUUCUCUGUGAACCUUCCUGCAAAGAGAAGACGACAAACGAGUGAAGGCUCUGUUUCUGCUCCCCCCAUAAGUGGAAUAAGAGAUGCACGUGUACAGGUUUCCUUGCAGAUGGUUGGGGGGGGAUGUAAUCUUUUCCUUUUCUGCUGUGUCUGGGACAAGACGAUUUUCUAUGAUUGGUGUUGGUGUCAUCUGUGUGCCUGCCACUUGAUAUAACACUGUUACUUUUACAGUGCUACAGCUGGAGAGCUAUAACCUGUGGAAGGUUUAACUACUCGACACUGUUUCUGUCAUCAUUGGGGGGGAAGAACUCCAGAUGUUCACAGAGCAAGGUGCUUUUAUCUUAGUAACAACUGUGUUGGUAAUUCAUUUCUUAUUUAUUUUUCUUUUAACAUCAAGAGAUAGUUGAAGCAUCCAUUUUAAAUUGUUUAUUGCAGCAACAAGUGUGUGAACCUUUCUGGGAUGUUUACAGCACAAAACAAGGACUGAUGGACUAAGAAGGGGGGCAAGCAGUAAUGUUGUUUUUACAGUCUUUAAUCGACCAUUGUGUCACAUUUGUAAAAGGGCAAUGGCACUUCAAUAGAUAAUCACGCACUUAAAACUGAAGUCUAGUUAAUACAACCUUUUCAACUUAGACUUAACACCCAGAAAAAUACUCCUGUUAAUAAACUCACUCAUCACUGUUCACUCUCUAAAGGUCAAGCCACUAAAUGUCUUUAUUUUACUUGCAUGCAAAUCUUUUCAAAGCAGCUGAAGUCACAGAUUCUUGUAUAAAAUCCAAGUCAGUACUAACUUUUUCACUCAAAAGUAUAAAGCAAAAAAUGCAGAGACGUCCGGCUUUUUUAAUUCAACCUGCUAAAGAUGAGAUGACGUGCCCUAUGGUUGCCUCAUCUGCUCAUUAGUCACCCUGGAAAAGUUGUUUUUUGUGUAUUUGUGAAUGAACAGUGUUGAUAUUUCCUGUUUGUCCCUUGAUCGCUCUUAACAAUACUAAAAUAUGUAAUAUUUCAUGUUUGGUGCACAGACAGUUUGAAGCCUCAGACUCACUGGUGGCCUCGCAGUUGAAAUGAGGAUUUGUCAGUGGACUCUUGGUAGAACUGUUCUAUCUGGAGUGCACUUGUCUCCUUACCAAGGACUAGGUGCUGCUACACAAACCAAAAUUUCAAAUUUUUAUAACAAAAAUCAUGUUUCUCAAAAGCAUCUUUGUUGGAAAUGGUUUCAACCCAAAGCAGCAAAACAAAAAGUGUACUCAGUUCAAUAAACAUAAAAUAUCAUGUCAUAUCGUCUCAGUGAGGAAGUAAUCAAGAGUAAAAAUCUAAACCUAUAUUCAGUCUUAACUGUAAAUACCUGAUGAUUUUUUAACAUUAAAUAUGUCGUUCUAAAUUGUCAAUUGGCAACAUUUAUAAAAUAUUUAUUUGUGGUUGUCAAUCAAAUCUUACUAAAUCUGGACUUCCUGUUUUGUAAAGUCUUAACUGACACAACAGAAAACAGCAUAAUAAGGUCACUGUUGACUUUGUGACGUUAAAUGCACAUUGCUUUACACAGAGUGGAUGCUUUGUAAUUUUGUCUUGACAGGAAAGUUGAUUUAAUCACUUGUAUUACAUUAAUAUUUAUUAUUAUUUGUCCCAAAUAUUUUAACAGAAUCAACUUUGUCACAUGAAUGUGUCAACGACAAUGAUUAACAUGGAAGUUGUCUUAGAGUUGUUCAGCGAUUUUACACAAAAUAUCAUAAAGGAAGAAACAUUUAAUAUUAUUAUAAUUUAUUUGAUACUCACAUGACACAUAUUUGGAUCUAUUAAAUUAGUGCAGAGGAUUUUAUUGUGAACAAAUGACACCAUUGCUGAGAAAGCUCUCUGACAUAGCUGGUUUAUAUUAUGUGUUUUUAAAAUGUGAGCUGCCAGUUUGAAUUUCCCUGUGAUAUCUGCAGACAGGGGGCGUUGUUUCUCCAGAACGACAAGCCAAAACUCAUUAUCAGGAACAGGAAAAAAAGACUCAAAGGUUUAAGAAUUUGGCAAGUACAGAUUGAUGUUUAAGUGUUUUAAUCAGUUUUUGACUUUACAUAGUUGCUCGUAAAAUAAUUGUAUCAAUUGUUUUAAUCAAUCUGUCCAGUUUUUAUAGAAAUAUAUAAUUUAAUGGUCAAAUUCAUAUCAGAUUAUUUUUAAUUAGGUAUUUACAAUAUAAAGUAAACAAUCAUAGCCUCGUAUAGCACUUGAAUCAGAAGCUGAUGUUUGUCUGAGAUGCAGGCAGAAAUUAAGAAAUGGACUAGUUUGAUUGGUUUACUGUUCACAGUUAUUUCACAGCAUGUUCAUUGCAUCGUAAAUACAGUCAGUCACAUGUAGUCAAACCUGAUUUUGAUCUAAACUAUUUGUCACUGUGUCGGUUUCUGUUCGGGAGUUUCAUCUUACAAUUUGCCUGAAGAAUAUAAUUCAUAUGUUGGGAAUUCAGAUUAAGAGAGUGGAGACAUUUAUUUAAUUUGGUGCAAUAACCUGUCGUAUGUAUAUUGUACAGUGUAAACUUUGAUACUAUCACUUUUUAUUAUUGUUGUAUUUUGAUACUGUUGUACAAGGCCUUUUCUCACUAGUUUAGUUGACGUGUGUUUGUGUUAACAGAGGUGAUUGAAACGUCACAUACAAAUACUCUCUCCACCCUCUACCAAAGAAUAUGAUGUUAACUAACUUUAUUUGAUAGAAGAAAAUAAUCCAAUGUCUCACAAAGUAACCUGAGCAUGAAAACUUCUGCGUAAAAUGUAAAUGAAAAUAGCUCUGUCCAAUGAAAGAUGGCUCAAUUGUUGGGAUUAAUGCAAAAAGCUUUGAGUAAUCACUGCAUCUAAAGCCUCGAAACACGCAGGUGUAAUUGAUUCAUGGAUAGUCGAUUGAAUGGAUUGUUAUUUUCAACACAUUGACGAUAUAAAGUUAGAAUCCUUGUUUUAAUUCUACAUUGGAAAAAAGGUCUCUUUUCAUAGAUUUCAUAUGUAGCCACGUGUAUGAUGUUGGACUGAACAUUUCUUGUUGAGGUUAUGGCUGAAGUGAUGCCUCCCUGUCGCAUAAUCUAGAGGUUUGAGUCUUCUUUUACAGUUUAAGUGUUUUUUUUUGUUUUAUAGUUUUUAGAUUCACACAUUAAGAGUAAUAGGAUCAAAAUGCUGGUUGGAUGCACUGUUAAUUACAUCUGCCUUUUUCACAGCAGAUAUUUAGAUAGAGAUCGAAAGGUACAUGCAGGCUAUAGAUAAUAAAGUUAAUGAUGGUUUGAUUCUAUUUAGCUAAUCGGUAUUGUGCAGGCUGACAUCUUGACACUUGAAUAGAAAAAAGGUAUUCUGUCUGUCUCAGUCAUCUCCCUCUGCUGUAGUUGCUCCUGAAACCUGAUGAGCAUUUCUCACUGAAAAGCUGAAACAUGUUUGACUUUUUGUCCUUAUUCUUGGCUAACUGGGGUUCUACCAUAUACUUUAUCCACUGUUGCUUCAGCAGCUACAGCUCUAUUGACUUCAGACCUGGUGCUUACUUUGUUGGAGUCUGCUCCACAGCUUCCUGCAAAGACUCACAAAGGAUCUUGUUUAUAAUGGAGUUUGGUGAAAGUAAUUAACAUUUACAUUAAUUGAAUAACAACAAAUUUUGCAAACUGUACCCCCCUCGUCCUCAGUGAUAUCCCAUUGAGAUUGUAGCCUUGUCCUCUAUAUUUGUAUCAGAUUCAGUCAAUCAAAGUGGCUCUCCAGUCUGAUUAUCAGAUUGCAAGGUUCCACUGUAAAUCUGCAUUUAAUUUUUUUUUUAAAUUUAUUAUCAUGUUAUUGUGAAUCAUGUUUUCAUUAUCUAGAACAGAACAUCGUUCCAGAACAAAAAAGCUGUUAACUUAAGGGGAUAAUUUUUUGUUGUUGAAUGUUUACAAUGUGUUGGUUGUAAUAACUCAGGUAAUAUUGGUUAUUAUUCUUCAAUGUUUAUUUUUCAGAUCAGUCGUGGUUGAUGUUCAUUUAGUUGAGAUAAUUGAUUGAAAAAACAUAAACAUGUGUCAGCUUCUGCUCGAUGAAAGAAAACCUGUAAGUUAUACUGUGUUGGUUUGUGGUUAUGUCAGGGAAAGUGGGACUUUUGAACGCUCAUCUGAUCGGCAUCAAAGUGCUUGAAGUGAAAAUCUAAAGACUAUAGGACUAGAAAUGGCUGAUGUCAGAUUUUGAUAAGAAUUAAAGCAGGACUUCUUCACCACAUGAACACCUGGACAACACAUGGAUUUGGUGUCAUUGUAUCACAGACAUGUGAGGUGAUCAUAAACUAUAGUAUGAAAGUUAAAGACGGGGUUAUGAGGCCAAUGUCAUGACGUAUGAUGUCAUGAUGUAUUGGCCAGUCAGGUUUAACCUUGAAGCACUCUCUGGGUCUUAAUCUGUUUCACUGGUAAGUUCAUAUCUAAAAUAAUUUGUCAAAGGUGUGGACAAGGUGUUACAAUUUUAUGCUGCUAAAUUUUUUUUUUCCCUGUUUUUUAAUUUUGUUCAUUUGGUGGAGUGCACUGACAUUCUUGACCUGGACCCUGAUCGAAGGAUGAUUAUUGAAGGUGGAUUAAUGAAAAACAGACUCAGUAAAGAGGUUGAUUUAUUCACCUUCUUGUCAUUUGUAGCGAUAAUAUUUCAAGUUCAAUCAGCACUCUUACUUGUUGAGUGAAUAUUUUUUCUCUCACCACCUUUCAGUGUAAAAUCCUGACCUGGUCCCUUAUCUUAAAAUUCAAUUUUGAGUGUUUUUUUGUUGGAGAAGAUGUGAAGCUCAGUUAUUCCAAGUGUGUGACUGGAGAGGCCUGUGAAGCUUUGUAUCAUUCCUACUUUAUUCCUGCAUGAUUACUGUGGAAUGCU